AAAAUUAAAGGAAAAUCAAAAGAUGAAAAAAUCAAAUCAAUCAUGUCUUCUGGACGAAAAUGACUGAAGAACGGUCUUGCGAUCAACUUCAUCCGAUUUUUCACGAAUUUUUUUUGAUUUUAUUAUUAAAAUACCGAUAGUGAUUGUUGGGCGUAUCUUUUGGAACACGAAUACCUUCUUCACAGACGCCAUUUCUAGUUACUCUUCUCAAUCUCCGAUUUUCUUUUUGUUCUAUAACUACCCAUUUCAUUUCUUCGAUACUGUUCUUCAAUCAGGUGUCUAAUUCAGGUGCCCCAAAAUUAAGCAGAAGUCUUGCAUUUGCUUCAACCUAAAGGUUUGCUUUAAUCACUGCCCAUUUCAUCAAAUAGUGAUUAUAUCAAUGAGCAGUUCUCAAGCAGUUCUUCAGGUUUUGGGUGGGACAGUAACUCACCUUUUCUGUUCUGACAAAAGCUUUAGCUUAUCAGGCUCAUGUUUUCUUUCUAAAUCCUUUGUUAAAUAUAGAAAGAAAGGGGGCCCAAGGUAUAUUCAUUUUCUCAAUUGUUCAAGCAGGCUACAGAGUAGCUUUGGCAAUAAUUUGUUUCCAGGAACAGGCAGAGUUCCAUAUGGAAAUAUUUUAAUAGAUCGAUCAGGGCUUUUGAGUUGCUGUUGCCAGCAAGCUGAAAGUGUAAGUGAGGUAACCGCAGAGGAUGGAAAUGGGACAUGGUAUGUCAAUAAUGCAAAGAAAUUAAAUACAAUUAAUGGUGUAGUGAAUGCCCCAAAUGUUCUGGACUUUGAGAAGGUUCAAGAAUUGAAACAUGAAAAGGAAGUCUUUACAUCCAAUGGUAAUGUUGGCUCUUUUGAGGAUGAGGCGUGGGAACUGCUGCGGGAAUCUGUGAUUAAUUAUUGUGGUAGCCCUAUUGGAACAAUAGCUGCAAAGGACCCGACAAGUUCCAAUGUUCUAAAUUAUGAUCAAGUCUUUAUCCGUGACUUUAUACCUUCUGGUAUAGCUUUCUUAUUGAAGGGAGAGUAUGAUAUUGUUCGCAACUUCAUCCUUCAUACAUUACAGCUGCAGAGCUGGGAAAAAACUAUGGACUGUCAUAGUCCUGGUCAAGGAUUGAUGCCUGCAAGUUUCAAGGUGCGUACAGUUCCCCUGGAUGGUGAUGAUGAUUCUGCAACGGAGGAGGUACUGGAUCCCGACUUUGGAGAGGCCGCGAUUGGCCGUGUUGCACCUGUUGAUUCCGGACUAUGGUGGAUUAUAUUGUUACGUGCAUAUGGCAAAUGCUCUGGUGAUCUUUCAGUUCAAGAAAGAGUUGAUGUCCAAACUGGAAUUAUGAUGAUUCUUAGGUUAUGUCUUGCUGAUGGUUUUGAUAUGUUCCCAACUUUAUUAGUGACAGAUGGUCCUUGUAUGAUAGAUCGCCGUAUGGGGAUUCACGGUCACCCUCUGGAAAUUCAGGCAUUAUUUUAUUCAGCAUUACUUAGUGCACGUGAGAUGCUUGCUCCAGAGGAUGGAUCAGCUGACCUAAUCCGAGCACUAAACAAUCGUCUUGUGGCAUUAUCGUUCCAUAUUAGAGAAUAUUAUUGGAUUGAUAUGAGAAAACUCAACGAGAUUUACCGUUACAAAACAGAAGAGUACUCAUAUGAUGCUGUUAACAAGUUCAAUAUCUACCCGGAUCAGAUUUCUCCUUGGCUGGUGGAAUGGAUGCCUAAUAGAGGAGGUUAUUUAAUUGGAAACUUGCAACCUGCUCACAUGGAUUUCCGUUUCUUCUCUCUGGGAAACUUGUGGUCCGUGGUGAGCAGUCUUGCGACAGUGGAUCAGUCACACGCAAUAUUGGAUCUCGUUGAAGCUAAAUGGGAAGAUUUGGUAGCAGGGAUGCCAUUCAAGAUAUGUUACCCUGCUCUUGAAGGUCAGGAGUGGCAGAUUAUCACAGGCAGUGAUCCAAAGAACACUCCUUGGUCUUACCACAAUGCAGGCUCCUGGCCAACUUUGCUGUGGCAGCUCACUGUUGCAUGCAUUAAGAUGAAUAGACCAGAAAUUGCGGCAAAAGCAGUUGAGGUUGCAGAGAAGCGCAUAUCGAAAGACAAAUGGCCUGAAUAUUAUGACACCAAACGGGCAAGGUUCAUUGGAAAACAAGCGCAGUUGUUCCAGACCUGGUCAAUUGCUGGAUAUCUUGUAGCAAAACUCCUCCUUGCUGACCCUAGUGCAGCCAAAGUUCUGAUUACUGAAGAAGAUUCUGAGCUUGUCAACGCCUUCUCUUGCAUGAUCAGUGCCAACCCAAGAAGAAAACGUGGUCCAAAGAGGUCAAAUCAAACCUACAUAGUGUAAGCAAUUCUUGUGAUUCAUUAUUAUUUGGCAAAAAGCAGUCGAUUUGUAUACGCCAGAUUAAGGUUUUAGAUGGUCUUCCAUUGGCCAUUAUUAUUGGGCUAUUAGGAGUAAUAUAGUGUUCAUUUUUAUUUUCAUCUUUUUCUUUGGGUAAGUAAGCUUUCACAUAUUUUAUAUACUCUUAUCGUAAAGAUCAUGUACUACGAUUUAACGAUAGACAACACUGUAACAUCAAAUUCUUACACGGACAAUGUAACCAUUUCUUGUUGAAAGCUUCUAUAGCAGACAACACAUUGCUGUAAUGGAUGAUUAGUUCGUCCAGAGAGGUCUUUCUUUCUUUCUUUCA